CUCCUGUCGCGGUGCUUCUCUUCAUUCACAGUAUUUCUUUUGGUGUCGUAGAUCGCCUCCGACAUUUUGGUGUCCUGCUUGCUGAUCGCCAUUGUGAUUGAUUACAUGGUUUUGUAGCAACUGUGGAAGCUGCGAGCGUGCAUUUCUCGUUCAUUUCUCCAGCAAUGGCGACACUGGAGGAUGAUGCGACGGUAGAUGAUGCCAGCACCUUUAAGCCCCUCGACUCUUUGCUGGGAGACUUGCUCACAGCUGUUGCAACUACAAUUUCCAAUGCUGUAGAUGUAUCAAUUGUGCUCCAAUCGUUGCACCCGUUCGCUUCGCUUUUCUUCAUGGUUCCUGCGGACUUUAUCUCAUUUGCAGGGCAGGAUAAAAGUGCAGAGUCCGAGUUGAUCGCCAUCGAGAAGCUUGCGCGAGGCUGCCGAAACAAAGCAAAAGAGGAGUAUCCAGAAAAAGACAUUUCUCAAACCCUAAGACAUGCCCUAUAUGAGAGCUCCGUUUUUCCUACACUGACUACAUUACUCUUGCAUCAGGUCGCUGCGGACUGGCUUGCAUGCUUUCCAUCCUUGGGGGUAAAAUGGCUUUUUGACGAGUUCUUCAGACAAGGCCCCCCAAAAGAAACACUGCUCAAUUUAGUCCCCUUCCUUGUCCCAGACCAUGGAAGGGAGGAAAAGUCCCAUGGUGGUUUAGACAGCAGGAUUGUAGUGAGUGCUCAAGCUAAAAGGCUGCUACAAAUCUGCUUGGUGCAUCAAGAUGGUAUUCAAGAGAUCAGUCUAUCCUUUGGCCAUCGUUCUGAUCUGAAGCUUCGAGAGGAUGGACUUGGCAACAUAGGACGAGCGAGUUGGUUGAAAGAUCAAUAUCAAGUUGCACAACUAAUUGCGUCAAUACCAGACAGAGCUGGAUUGGAUACGCCAUCCGCCCUUCAGUCACCAACUUACUUCAAGUCAGUUUCAAGACAGCUGAUAUCAGCAGGUGAAAGAUGCUGGGAGCAAAUACUGCAGAAUGAGGAUCUUUGUAAUAAUGGAACAAUUGUAUUUAUUGGCGAGGUUAUUAGCAGACUCAGUCGCCGAGGGCAAGCAGAUGUGAUAGCGGCAGCGUAUGUGCCUGUAAUUAUGCAGCACAUGGAAGAAGUCAUGGCCAAGCUGGAAGUUAAAUCAGAUCUAGAAAUGAAUGAAACAGCACUACAUGCUCUGAAAUCGUUGUGUAAGAGGAAUCUCUGGACCGCAAUAUCAGCAUCCAUCAAGGAUUUGCAUUCCAUGGAAAAGUGGGUGGAAGCUCUGUUGAGAGAGAUGGCGAUCAGAAUUGAAACAGAUAUAUACGCAUACUGCUUAUUAUGGAUGUCAUUUGGCUCUCUUCUCUCCACACAUGAUUUGACAAGGAUGGUGUUUUUGGACAAAUGUUUGUUUGUCAAGAUUCUGCCCAUUCGCUGCUUGAGAUGGGUUUUACAGUUUUCUGUAUUACAUACGCCAAUCACUAUAGCAUCUGGAAAGAAGGUGCUGCAGUUGGACACAGGAGUUGUGACGCGGCUGGCUCAAGUUUGGGCAACUAACGAUUUUAUUCGUUCAGCUUCAUUGCCAAAGCAAGCAUAUCUCACAGCAGCUGUUGGAAUUUGCGUUAGACGUAUGGACAAAGAAGACAUGGACAAAUGUGGUGAAUUAAUGCGGUUUAUAUUACAAGGGGUUACAAACCGGCUGGAUAGUCCACUUCCCUUAAUCCGAGAUAUGUCUAAGCGCUUGGCUUUGACUUUUUCUUUGGCGAUAAAUCCUGCAAAGCCUUUGCUUCUUGAUGACGAAGAUGAAGUGAAAGAUCUAGAUGACUGGGAUGAUCUCAGUGUCAGGGCAGUUGACAGUUCCAAAGAAAAGCGCCAGAGCAGUAUCACACGGAGUACCGGUGAUGUGCCUGGUUCAAGUAAGGAAGACGUAGAUAGCAUCAAACCCGUGACUGGUUUUGCAGUUCCCUCCGUAUCUGGUUUCAAUCAUGAUGCAGAUCGUCAUGAAAGACAGAUGCUGAGGAGGCAGCGACGUGAAAAGAUGGCCCUAGAAGAGGAUGACCCAGAUGCUGUUGUGAAUCUGGGUCAAGUUGAUGCUGCAUGGUUGGAAGAAGCGGAAGGAGAAGCCACAGACUCGAGCAGCGACCUUGACAGUGAUACCGAUGGCUCUCUACAGCCGUAUGACAUGUCGGAUGGUGAAUCUGAGUUAGAAAGGCGCAAGCUCCCCUUACAAUUAAGAGAAUGUGCAGCAAACUUGCGGAAAUCAGACGACCCUGAUGCAGUUGAGAAAUCUUUACAAAUUGCUGAACAACUUAUCAGAGCAAUGCCAGUAGAGCUUGAUAACACGGCAGAGGAGCUUACACAGGCGCUCGUGCAUGUCAGGCCUGGGGCUACUGCAGUUGAAGGGGAAGAGGACACGCUUGAAAAACAAAGACAUGGGGCUCUUGUGGCUUUGCUUGUAUGUGCUCCGCUGAGUUGUAUUGUGAUGGUCACUCAGGAAGUAUUCUCUCCACACCUGGACAUUAGCCAGCGUCUCCUACUUCUUGAUGUAAUUUCAGAUGCCGCUCAGGAAUUGGCUGGAAAAUCAACUGUUAAUCAUUCAAGGAGUCAACUACAGCAGCGAGGACUAAUUACAGAGCCAACGGGAUCCUCACUCCAAAGUCCAUGGUACAGACCAAGUCACCUUCGAGAUCCACCAGGGGCGGGCCCCUGGUCUGAAGUCCCUGCGUUUAUGCCAGGAAAUUCUUUGGUGGGUUGGGCUCAGCGCUAUGAACGUGAGCUUCCUUUACGUAAAGGUGAUCGAAGACCAGGGAAAUCUCGAAAAUGGGCUCCUCGGUCCAUGCAAUUACGAGAGGACAGUCUACGCCAGAAGGGAUUCUCUUCACAUGAACCAGUAGGGAAAAACCAAUUUGCACCUUUGGCUGCUGCAUUCAUGCUUCCGAUCAUGCGUGACUACGAUAAGAAGGAUCACGGUGUAGACUUUCUGGAAUCGGGAUUCAUUGUCCUUGGAAAAAUUUUGUUCACUCUUGGAGUAUGCAUGGAAUGUAUCACAUCUCAGCCAGAAGCUGUUGUGUUAGGAAUUAAUUUACUGGAUUUACUCCGGUCAAGGGCGGUUGCAAAUCACCGAGAAGCCUAUGUUAGAAGGGCAGCAUUGUAUGCAGCAUCACGAGUCAUUGUUGCUCUUCAUCCUUCUCAAGUCGUCGAUGCCAUCGUUGGCACAGAUUCAAGUAUUGCAUCGGGAUUGGGGUGGGUUCGCGAAUGGGCACUCGGCAUAGCUAACAAUGAAACUGAUUCCGACUGUGCAACGUUGGCCAUGGCAUGUGUGCAGCUGCAUUCUGAGAUGGCUCUUCAGGCUAUGCGUGCUGUUCAAAGCACUCCUGUUUACACGCAAUCACCUUCCAUCACUGUACAGAGUAGCGGCGACAGAUCUAUCAUCAUGCCUUUCUGAUGAUCCCAAUAAAGAUAGAAAUUUCUAACACUUUCACAUAUUGAGGUGAAUAAAGAGCUGUGUACAAUCAAUUAUGCGUAUUAAAAUUUAAGGUUAUUUUGAUGAAA